AUGGCUGUCAAAAACUUUGUCGAUAGAGUGAUUGCUCAGAAUCGCGUGGUCAUGUUCGGGACAACGUCUGGCCGUACACCGCACGCUCGAAGGAGCUGUUUCUCAAAGAUUACAGUUCUUUACUUGUUAAAGAGAUACAUCUCGAUGCACUCUAAGAAGGCUCAGACAUUGGGGGUUCCUGACAAUCAUCACCGGGCAGACGUCGAGACCAAGCAUCUUCGCGCUCCAUCUCUCUAUGGCUUGUAA